AUGGCCGUGCAAUCCAGAGUCGCAGCCGUGACAGGCGCCAACAAGGGUAUCGGUCUUGCCAUCGUGCGCAAUCUGGCCCUCAGCUACCCGUCGUCGGCGCUGCGCAACGGGCCCUUGACCAUCUACCUCUGCGCCCGCUCUGCCUCACGAGGCGCCGACGCCGUCAAGGCUCUCCAAGAUGAUCCUCAGCUGAAAAAGGCAAAGGUCCUCGCCCAGGACGGCGGCGACACGACCAUCACCUUCCGCGAGUUCGACGUCAGCGACCAGUCCAGCAUCCACCAAUUCCGCGACUUCUUGCAAAAAGAGCACCCCGACGGCAUCGAUGUCUUGAUCAACAACGCCGGCAUCGCCAUGGAUGGCUUCAACAGCGACGUUGUCAAGCAGACCCUCGCCACCAACUACUACGGCACCCUUGAGGCCACUCAAUCCAUCCUUCCCUUGAUCCGCCCCGGCGGUCGCCUCGUCAACGUCAGCUCCAUGGCCGGCAAGCUCAACAAGUACACUCCUCAAAUGCGCGACGCUUUCCUCGCUGCCUCCAAGUCUGGUGUUUCCGACUGCACCGCUCUCAUGCAACAAUUCACAAAGGCCGUACAAGACGGCAACGAGAAAGAGCUGGGAUGGCCAUCCGCCGCAUACGCCGUCAGCAAGGCUGGAACAACCGCCUUCACAAAGGCCAUCGCUGCCCAAGAGGACAAGCAGGGAAGAGGCGUCCUGGUCAAUGCCUGCUGUCCGGGCUACGUCAACACCGACAUGACCAAGGGGAACGGCGUCAAGACCCCCGAUGAGGGCGCAAAAACUCCCGUCAUGCUCGCUCUCGGCGACAUUGGUGGCACAUCAGGCGGUUUCUGGCAGAGUGAAAAGAUCAUCGAGUGGUGA